CCUUUAAACUGAGCUUCAACAGCAAAUCUGCUAUUUGCACAUAAACCCAAAGUGGACUUUGAGAGGGAGUCAAGCUUGUCGUACUCUAGUGAACGGAUAACAUUUGAUAUAAUCUCACGAAACAAACCGAGAACCACACCGAAGCAGAAAAUGGCUUUUAGAGCAGACGCCACUGCAGCAUCUUGUUCAAAAGCUCUCACGGCUUUUGUUGAAGACGGAAAAGCUCUGCUGGACCUCGCCAAGAAGGAGAGCAGUGAAGGCUCACUACAGGAAUUCAUCAGGCAGAAAAUCCGCAUAGAGCAACAACAGUCACUGCUGGGUCUGAUUGAAGCUGGUGCAGUUUUGUACAGAAGUUUGUGUGUUCAAAGGAAAAAGGAUGCAGAGGACCUGUGGAGAAAAAGCACUCACCGUGCAACUCUGCAGGGUGCUUUGCAGGACUUUCGGGAAUUAGAAGUGCAGUGGGAUGCCUUUCUGCAACAUUUGGAUGAUGAGUUACAGCUAGCUGCUCAAACACUGGAUGAUACCAAGCAGAUCAAAUGUAUUUCACCUGAUACAUCUCUAAUCGACGCCAGAACAGGAGAAAAAGUGACAUUAGAGAAAUAUUUUGGGAGAGGUCAAAAGAUCCUGCUGGUGUUGAUCCGUCAGUUCUCCUGUCUACUGUGCCGUCUCCAUCUGAAAGAGCUGGAGAAACAUCAGCGCUCCCUGGAUUCACACUCAAUUCAAGUGUUGGUCAUUUCAUUUGGCUGUCAGGAGGGAGCUUCUCACUGGCUGAAGGAGACCGGCUGUCAGUACGACAUGCUUUUGGAUUCUGACAGAAAGAUGUACACAGCAUUCGGCCUUGGAGCAUCGUUGAAGAAAGUGUUGAGCUUCAGUAACAUGCUGCUCUAUGCUGAAUAUGUGGUGGACAACAUGGAAUUUCCAAGAGGCCUUCCCUCCAUUCAAGAUGACAUGUUUCAGCUGGGAGGCGACUUUGUUGUGGACGAACAUGGGAGGGUGCUGUUCUCUUACUGCUGUCAGAGUCCCAUAGACAGACCCUCAGUGGAGGAAAUUUUAUCUGGACAAUAAAAAUAUAACACUCCUUAAUGAACAACACUGGUCAAAUUUAGGAGAACAUAAUUAGCAAAUAAAGUCUUCCUUCUUAAACAAAAUGUAUUAUCCCAUUUCAAAUAAAUUGUGGAUUCAAUUAAAUUUAACACAAGCAUUUUAAUGAUAGCUGAGCAAAAUACAUAUCUAUUGAAUCUUUCCAUUUCUACUGGGGUUAUUCCUCAGGUCUAGAAGAACGCUCAUAUAGUCCCACUGCAUAAGGGUGUGGAUAAAACAAAUUUCAAUAACUAUUGGCCCAUUUCAAAACUAUUGUGUGUGGAUAAGGUCUUAGAAACAUUAGAUAAGUAUCAGCUCAAAUCAUUACUCUGUAGUCCUAUCUUGGGUCCAAAUCAAUCUGGCGUUGGAGCUAAUCCCACUGUUUGUCUUUCACUUAUAUAUGUUAUACAAGAGACAGCAAUGUGUGUUUGAGGUGAUAAUCAUUCUGUGGGUUUGCCAUUGUCAGAAGGGGUUCCACAAGGUUCAAUACUGGGUCCUUAUUUAUUUACAAUGUAUGUCAACAAUAUUACUUCUGCUAUCACAAAUUGUAACACCCAUCUUUAUGUUGAUGAUACAGUUCUGUACUGCUUUGCUAACGCUGCAUAUUCAGCCAUGGAAAUCUUCCAGCAAGCAUUCGAUCAAUCAAUAAAAACUUUUUUUGUUUAAUCUGAAA